AAAGAAAUGUUGUUGAUUUUUUUUCCCCAAAUUCUUAGAAGAAGGAGAUUUAGAAUUGGUGGUAGAGAAUUUGCAGUUUCCACGUCCACAUUUUCACUCAUCAGAUUGCAUGAGUAAUUACUUCUUCAUCACCAAUCUUCUCCCUCUCCCUGCCUCCGAUUUCCACGAUGGGAACAAGUUUCCGCCCAAAUCUCAAGUGGGCUUUCCAAAUUCAGACUCAUUCCCGCAGGGCCUCCCCUUCCAAGCUCUCUCCCUAUGCCUCUAAAGGCAGGGAAGCUUCCUUUAAUUCAGGAAGGCUUUCGUUCUUCUCCAGUACUUGUGAGGAAGGAGAGGCUAUUUCUAGAGAAGCCUUGAAAACAUAUACUUGCUUAUCUGAAGCUCCACAAACCUUAGCCGAUGGUCUGUUAGAUUUGGAAGAGAAAGAGGUAGAGAUAAACAGUGGGGCAAAGUCACUCAGUCAUUUGCAUUACGGGUCGAAAAAUUCUGGGCCAUCCAAGGUAGAGGACAAUUUUUGUUCCUGUACAAGCUUGCCUACUGGCAGGGCCUCGCCUUUUGACAUGUUAAUGGAAAACCUUGAUGUUUUGGAGGAAACUUUUACUGAAUCAGGCAUGCUAAGCUUGGAAAGAGAUAUUGUAUUGCAACUAACAAAACUUGGAGCUUUGGAGUUUUUCAAUGCCUGUCUGUCUAGGACGCUUAAAGCAUCAUCAAGUUUUCGUGAUUUGUCGGACUUACCUAUUGAGGUUGGUGGAGAUCAUAAUGUAAACCAGAAAACCGAUGACCAGAACCACAAUAUCAUAGUUUACUCUGGAAAAAGAGCAGGAAGAAGAUCAGUAAAAAGGAGAGCAAUGGAUAAUGCUGAUAAAGUUGCUUCACGGCCGCUAGCUACAAGAGCUGCUAAAGAAAAAUUCCGUAGUUCGAGGAAAAAAGCAUCUAAUUCGAAAAAAAGAAGAUCGAUUGUUGCUCGAAAUGAAGCUGAAAUGUCCACCGGGGUUAAGGUAGUUGCAAAUUUAGAAAGAAUUAGAGAAACUUUAGAAAAGGAAUCCGGAAGAACAGCAAGCAUGAGUUGCUGGGCCGACGCAUCCAGCAUUGAUAUAAAGGACUUGCAGAAACAGUUACAAUUUGGUUGGUUCUGCCAGGAUGAGCUCUUAAGGAGUACUAAUUCAUUGGUUAUAUUCCUUGCAAAGAAAUAUCGAUGCUCCGGGUUACCAAUGGAGGACUUGGUUCAGGCAGGAGCCAUUGGCGUGCUGCAAGGUGUGGAAAGGUUUGACCCGAAAAGGGGUUUUAGAUUCUCAACCUAUAUUCAAUACUGGAUAAGGAAAUCAAUGUCGAGAGUCGUGGCACGAAGUUCAAGGGGAAUUCAAAUUCCAUGGUCAUUAACCAAGGCAAUAAAUCAAAUACAGAAGGCUCGAAAAGCGUUGAACAACAGUGGUAGGAGAUAUUCGGAUGACGAUGUAGCCAAGGCUACUGGUCUUCCUUUGGCCAAGGUUAGAGUUGCUAGCAACUGUUUAAAAGUUGUGGGUUCAGUUGAUCAGAAGAUAGGUGAUGGACUAAAUAUGAAAUAUAUGGAAUUGACAGCAGAUACAUCAAUAGAGAGCCCAGAAGACACUGUGAAGCGGAGGCUAAUGAAGAAAGACAUCUUUAAUCUUCUUGAAGUGUUGGAAUCAAGGGAGAGACAGGUCCUGGUGCUGCGAUACGGACUCAUGGAUUCCCAACCCAAGUCGCUCGAGGAAAUCGGAAAACUUCUGCGCGUAAGUAAGGAAUGGGUUCGAAAAAUUGAAAGGAAAGCCACAACAAAGCUGAAAAAUGAAGAGACUGUGAGAAACUUGAGCCAUUAUUUGGAUUGAUAUACUUCUUUCAGCUUCAGCUCCCUCCAGUCUUUUCAAAACUUGCAGCAGCCCAAAGAAGCCAAGAGAUUGGCAUCGCGCUUUCGGGGCCAUACUACCAAAGUGUUCGUUACAACGAGCAUAUCUCAAUCCUCAACGAAUCUCACCGGUUAGUACAGUUCCUUACAUGAUGCAUUACCACUGAAACAUCGACUCGACUUGUCUGGUUGGUGGUUCAUGUUUUUUGAUGUAAAAUAUGAUCUUUACUUCCAUCAUAUGCAUGAAUUGAGCUGUAGAUAGAGAUGUGCACCUGGGCAUGGCCAAACCUUCCAUAUAUAUAUAAACAUAUAUACAUAUUUACAGCCAUUUUUAGCCAUAUGAGUCCACAUUGUAUUAAAUUUUAUUUCAUAUACAGGGCAAUUCAUGCCAUUGUUGUAGAGAUGGAUGUCUGGACGAUCAUAGUAGAUUUAUUAAUACCAAGUUUAUGACCUUUCAUGCA